GACGUGCCCUAGCCAGGCUGGACUUCGCUUUUCCCAGGGCGCUCAUGUUGAAAUGGUGUACGGCCUCGUGAGGGCCUGCCAGCCAUGGAGGUGCAGGUCGGGUGCCGCAGCCGCCACCGCCGCCACGGGAGCAGCCCAGCAUGCCAAGAGUGCACAACCUCAAGUUCAACCGGAGAAGAGGAAGCCAAAAACAGGAAUACUAAUGCUAAACAUGGGAGGCCCUGAAACCCUUGGAGAAGUUCACGACUUCCUUCUGCGGCUCUUCUUGGACCGAGACCUCAUGACACUUCCUAUUCAAAAUAAGCUGGCACCAUUCAUCGCCAAACGCCGAGCCCCCAGAAUUCAAGAGCAGUACCGUAGGAUUGGAGGCGGGUCCCCCAUCAAGAUGUGGACUUCCAAGCAGGGGGAAGCCAUGGUGAAGCUGCUGGAUGAGUUGUCCCCCGCCACAGCCCCUCACAAAUACUAUAUUGGAUUUCGGUACGUCCAUCCUUUAACAGAAGAAGCAAUUGAAGAGAUGGAGAGAGAUGGCUUGGAAAGGGCUAUCGCUUUCACGCAGUAUCCGCAGUACAGCUGCUCUACCACAGGCAGCAGCUUAAAUGCCAUUUACAGAUACUAUAAUGAAGUGGGACGGAAGCCCACAAUGAGGUGGAGUACCAUCGACAGGUGGCCCACACAUCGCCUCCUCAUCCAGUGCUUUGCAGACCACAUUCUAAAAGAACUGGACCAUUUUCCACUUGAGAAGAGAAGCGAGGUGGUCAUUCUGUUUUCUGCUCACUCGCUGCCAAUGUCUGUAGUGGGAGGUGCGUGCGCUGUAGCCUCAUUGGGAAGAACGGUCCACUCACGCAUUUAUCCUCCUUUCUCAUAGGUGGGUCCGAUGCCCUGGUUGGGUCCUCAAACAGACCAAUCUAUCAAAGGGCUAUGUGAGAGAGGGAGGAAGAAUAUCCUUUUGGUUCCAAUAGCGUUCACCAGCGAUCACAUCGAAACACUGUACGAAUUGGAUAUCGAGUACUCGCAAGUGUUAGCCAAUGAGUGUGGAGUUGAAAACAUCAGAAGAGCAGAGUCUCUUAAUGGAAAUCCAUUGUUCUCUAAGGCCCUGGCCGAUCUGGUGCACUCGCACAUCCAGUCAAACGAGCUGUGCUCCAAGCAGUUGACGCUGAGUUGUCCGCUCUGCGUAAAUCCUGUCUGCAGGGAGACUAAAUCCUUCUUCACCAACCAGCAGCUGUGACCCCUGCCCGAGGACUUCGUGGGAUUAGGCAAAUUUGCCAACCUCCAGAUACCUCCAAUGUGGAGGAGGACGUUAUUUAGAGAUCAGGAACAGAAGUCACAUUAGUAUACGUGCAGCCUUUGGGCACAAAUUGUGUGAUGUCUUGAGGAUUGGACUCUGAAAUCCUUACUGAGGGAUUUCUGUUUUUAUAUAGCUAAACAGUAACCAUUUAUAUUCCCCCUCUCUGGGUGAAGUUACUAGUUUGUAAUGUGCACUAGGACAUUGAAAAAUGAGUUUUAAAAUUUAUCUUCUGAGACAGACCCCUAUUUUAAAUAUAGAUUUUGGUUUUACUGCCCCAAGCCCCCCUGAAAAGGUACAGACAGCCCCCUCUGUGGGCUGUCAGUGUGAAUGAGAUCUGUUUACAGUCUCGUGCGUAUAGUUGUAGUUUUUAAAAUGAACAAAGUUGAGUAUUUGAAUGAAUUUGAAAAAGAAAUGUUACCUGAUCUUUCCCUAAGCCCGUGGGUGAGGUGUUUGGUUACAUACAGCGGCUGCUUUUGCCAGGCAGGCCUCCAUUCAUCGGUCAUUUUGGUAUUUGUGUGUGAGUCUCACUUUCCUCGCCGUAAAACUGAGUCAAGUACAGAUUUCGAAAGUGUUCUGAGAUUUCCCAGGCAUGCAAGGCUGAUAAAUGUCUAGAAAUCCAGCGUCACCGUACUCCUUGGUCAGAGUCCCUGGGGCCACAGGGACGGGGCUCCGCCGCUUCCCUUCUGCAAGGACAGAGCUGCUGGGAGACACCAAGGGUGGGCUUCUCCCCCUUAAACCUCCUCCCCAGCCCUCGAGAGCCUUUCCUUCCAGAGUCUUCUAUAUCUUAGUUGAAUGUCUCCUUUCUGCACAUUUUUCUUAAGAAUUAUUUUAUAAGGACAGCUCUGCUUUGUAACCUUGAACUUUUUAUUUACAAUUUUUUACUAUAAAAAUUA